AUGGCGAAGCAAAAGAAGAAAGGCCAGUCCGGCCAAGCGAAGAACUAUAUCACUAGAACACAAGCUGUGCGCAAACUGCAGAUCUCCCUUCCCGAUUUUCGACGGCUCAGUAUUUUCAAGGGCAUCUACCCUCGCGAACCCCGAAAUAUCAAGAAAGCAAGCAAAUCCGCUACCCACUCGACCACCUUCUACUACACCAAAGACAUCCAGUACCUCCUACACGAACCAUUACUAGCCAAGUUUCGUGAACAAAAAGCCCUUGAGAAGAAGAUUGCGAGAUCUCUCGGUCGCAAUGAAGUGCAAGAUGCGGUACGGCUGCAGAAGCAUGGCAUGCCCAAAAUAAAACUGGAUCACAUUGUGCGAGAACGGUACCCGACGUUUGUUGAUGCUCUUCGAGACCUGGACGAUGCGCUGUCGCUAUUGUCUCUGUUCGCAAACCUUCCGUCGACCACCGAAGUGCCCGCCAAGGUCAUUUCGCGCUGUCAACGCCUCUGUCACGAAUUCGAACAUUAUCUGAUUGCAACCAACUCUCUGCGAAAGUCCUUCUUGUCUAUCAAAGGCAUCUACUACCAAGCAACAAUUCAGGGCCAGGAUAUAAUGUGGCUGGUGCCCUACAAAUUUGUGCAGCGUGUAACACAAGAUGUGGAUUACAGGAUCAUGGGCACCUUUGUGGAAUUCUAUUGCACACUUCUAGGUUUCGUCAACUACAGGCUCUACACUUCUAUUGGCCUCGUGUACCCACCCAAAUUCGACGUGGUGUCGGACGAGCGAGGAGCCGAGCUAGCGGCCUUCACCCUUGAGGGGCGUGGGAUUGUUGGGGGAAUUGAUCAACAAGACCAACAAAAGCUUUUGAGCAACGGUCAUGCCCAAACUGAGAAUACAGAGGCGGUGCAGGCUCAAAUAGACAAGAUUGCCCAAGAAACUCCUGCUCAAGAAGACGACAAGCAAGAUGAGCCAGCCGAAGAGCAAGCACAAACCGAUGCCAUUGACACCUUUACUCCCGCAGCACCAGAAGGUGAUACCCUCCCACAACCUGACCUGACCGGUGAUCAAGCAGCGCACUUAUUCUCAGACUUCACAUUUUUUAUUUCCCGCGAAGCCCCUCGUCAUCCCAUCGAGUUCUUGCUGAGAGCAUUUGGCUGCAAACGGGUGGGGUGGGAUGCCGUUCUGGGCGAAGGUGCAUUUACUCACGAUGAAAGAGAUCCCAGGAUCACCCAUCAAAUCGUGGACAGGCCUGCACCGUCGCAGCCACUUCUCUCGGUCCAGGAUCGGGGAGGCUCGAAAGACCAAAGCCUUCAGACUGUCAAGCCCGGGUAUAUCAUGCCUGGCAGAAUAUAUAUCCAACCACAAUGGAUCUGGGAUUGCAUCAACGAGGGUAAGUUACUGCGCACUGACCUGUACGCGCCUGGGGAAACACUGCCUCCUCACUUGAGCCCAUGGGUCAAGCCCAUCGGAGGUCAAUAUGAUCCAAGGGCGACGUUAGAGGAGCAAGAGCCCGAAGGCGAGGCUGAUGCAGCCAGUGCUGGCGAGAGUCAAGAUGACGAUGUGCAAGAAGAGACGACUCAACAUCCUGUUCAGGCCCAAGAGGCGGAGGAAGAGGACGACGACGAUGCUGAUGAAGUAGAUGCACGUGACAUGGAUGUCGCGCUCUCAGAUGAUGAGUCGGAAGAGCAAGAUGAAGACGAGGCAGAUACUUUCGGUGGCUUCGACGAUGCUGUUUCCGAAGAGUCUGACCUGGAUGAGGACGCUCAACACCAGAAAGAACUUGAGGCGGAAGCAGCCGGACGACCUGUCAAGUCGAUCUCAAAUGGUGCAGACCACAAGGCCAAGGCCAUCAAGGCACGGCAGACCGAACGUUCAAGAAAAGACGAGGAGAUUGAACGUCAAAAGAUGAUGAUGAGUAAUAAGAAGCGCAAGCUGUACGAGAAGAUGCAAUACUCCAACAACAAACGGGAUGAAGAGGCUGAGAAACUGCGAAAAAAGCGGAGGAAGCUUGAAAAGGCCGGCAAAAGAUGA